AUGCCAUACCAGCGUCCAUCAUUUUGGACAUGGAGGGCCGAAGGCAACAAGAAAAAAGUAGGUUUCGGAUCCCCUGUAGAGGGCGUUCUGCAUCGCGGGGACAUCAUCACCAAAGUGGGCAACUAUGAUGCUAGGGACAUCCGCCAUCAGGAUGCCCAGAACUUAUUCAAGAAUGCUGGCGAUAACAUACGAAUAGUUGUCCAAAGAGAGGGCACCCCUCGUCACACGAGCGCCGGUUCGUCGCGCACCAGCUCGCACAACUACAGCCCCCUGUCUGUCUCGCCGCACCUCUCGCCCAAGGGGGGCUACUCCCCCUCGCCCAAGGGGGGCUACUCCCCUUCGCCGGGGUACAGCCCCGCGGGGUCCGCCCUCACGCCCUGCUUCGCCUCGCCGCUCACGCCCAUCGACAACGACUACUUCGACAGCUACGAGUACGAUCCCAAGGACCGGAGUCGGGACGGUCAGGAGGACGUUCACGUGACCAAGCAGCCCUACCGUACCACCCCUUUGGUACUGCCAGGUGCUAAGGUGAAGCGCGAAGGAGGACCCACAGAAACUUACCUUCGUCAUCAUCCAAAUCCUUCUGUUAGAGCACCACCCCAUCAUCUAGACCCUGACCUAUAUGUCCGACAAAAGGUGGCAUCUUCAGUUCUAGACAGCAUUUCCACUGGUGAUCCGAAUAAACAGUUAGUUCACAAGCAGUUCAACUCUCCAAUCAGUCUAUACAGUGAGCCAAAUGUAGUAGAUACUAUUCAGAAACAAACUGGGUUGAAACCACAGGUCCGUCGACAUGUGAAAUUCAAUCCGGUGGAAAGCGAGACCUACAAGGCCCUUCAAGAGGAGGAGCUAGGUGACCAUGUCCAAGAGGUGAACGUGCCUCCGCAAAGCAAGAUAUAUGCGCCCAACAGGAACAUCCCUGCCAAGAAACCUGUUCUUGUUGUAAACCAGAAUCCAGCACACUACAACUCGAUCACUGGAGGAGAUCCAGAUAUAAUCCAACAAUCUGGAUCGUUCAAAAGGUUGAUGUGGAGCGUUAUGCCGGGCAGCAACUUCUAAAAAAAUCUAUUCCGAAUAUUUCCUUGGCAAAGUUCGACUAUGAAUUAUUUUGUGAUAAAUAUUUCACAGUCGCGCAUCGUAUCAAAAAAAUCAUUCGAAAUCUCUCAAACUGA